AUGUCUUCUAAAAGAGAGAUGCUUGAGCAGAAAUUCGAAGGAUUCAGUUACUCAUACGGUGAAUCUAUAGAUGCAGUGAUUGGCCGGUUUGUUGAACUGCUUUCUGAAAUGGAGAAGGCAGAAAUGGUGGUGUCUCCUCGCAUAAUCAACAGAAAGCUUCUGGAGGCUAUAAAAGGGAUUCCAAAUCAGGCGAACUGUAGUUGGUUUAUGAAUGUUAAUCAGAUAAUAGUGACAACCGACGGCAACUGUUACAAAAUGAAGUCAGAUGAGCUGAUCUCUCUUAUCAAAUCCUAUGGCAAUGCUGACUCACCACAAAGUUCAACAUCUAUGUUUAACAAACCCAUGGCUCAAGAAGUUACUCGUGAUCGUGAAGAGAUACUUUCUGUAUUUUGCACUCCUGAGUGUAGAAAAAGAAAUGAGGCAUAUCGAUUACACAACGCUGAGCCUGAUGAUUUGGGCGAAAACGGUGAUGCUUGUGUAACGGAAAAUGAAUCGGCAAAUAGAGCGAAUUGGCCAGCUGAAACAUCUGAUUCCAAAUGCGAAUCACCUGAAGCAGCUGUUUCUGAGAAAUCGGAAUCAUUUGAUUAUAGUGAAUUCAGCUCAAGGGUGUCAUGUGGAGAACCGACUUGUGCUGAAAAUUCGUCAAAGGUUUCAGCUGAAGUUUCUGCUACAGUUUCUGGUAUUUCAUCCAACAAACCAGAACUCUCCGAUUCUGUCAAAGCUGAUACCAUGAAGGAUGAAGAGAAAACAGACGUGAAAAGGGCUCCAAAUGCGCAAGCUGAACAAUCUGAACCUUCGGUUAGUGGUGAAAAGGUUCAGAUCAAGCAACAAGAGCCAAAGCAAGCAGGAAAAGGACGCGGAAAUAAGAAGCCUAAACAUCAAAGACAAGAAGGCUCUCCACAGUCCUCAACGGGCAGCAAUAGUCAUCAAAAGGCCCGCGAUGUGAAAAAUACCUUUGUUAAGCCAGUCAGUAAUGGCAAAUGUGAAAAAUAUGCAUUUGACUGUGCUAACAAAGCUUUCGGAAAGACUGGUGAGAUUUCUGAACAUGACGUGCAGUCUACUCAAAACAAGAAAACUCAGAAGAAAUCUCCACCACAGAAGGCCCAUGCAAACGACAAGUAUAGGCAUCCAAAUUCAUCGUCGUCUGCAAGAAAUGUGCAACAAAAUCAAGCACAAAAAGGACCGGUUCGUCCUUCAGGGUCUUCAAGAGCAAAUCCAGUUGAUCAGAAUGCAUUCUACAGCCCAUGGUUAGAAAACAGAGAAUUACGAUCAGAAUUACACGAUCCCGGGAAGAGACGGAUGAUAAAAAUGAACAACAGACAAGGAAACGGGCGAGAAAUAAACAACGAUCCCGAUUAUAUAAGUCCCCGAUUACGCGCGAUUGCAAUCCUGAAACAACAGAUUGCGAUAAUGGAAUUGCAAUAUGAAAUUGCAUUACUGGGAUACGAAUCGGGACGUCACGAAGAUAACGGAGAUGCAGGCGAAGUAAUAACACGGAAAGAAGAUAAUUCAAUGUUACAAGAAAUUGAAUUCGAGAAACAGGAUAAAGAAGAAGACGAUCUCGAAAGAGAUGAGAUGGCCUGUGAAGAUGUUCUGAAUAAAAAGGAUAAGAUACAACAAGACGAGGACUGUUGUUACAAUAGAAAAGAUGACAAGGAUAAGAAGUAUGAUAAAGAAAUGAAGGUUGGUUUUAUUUUGAAUAAUAAGAUCAAAUCAAGAAUUAGAGAACAAGAAACUGAAGAAAACAUUCAUGAAUUGCAAGUCCCUGUUUUGGAGAAUGUAUUCGUGCAUGGACAGAGAAGAAAUAGAGAUUCAGUGAUACACUUUAGCGACAAAGAAAGGAAGGCUUUAGUGACAGAAGAAGGAUUUUACACGACAGAAGGACUAUUAGCGUGA